CUUCAUUGAUGAAUAUUGCAGAGUGCUGAAGCCUAUUGCUAUUUCGAUAGAUCGCCUUCAAGGGCAAAAUGCAUGUUUCUGUGGUGAGAUUUUACCGACUCUCUUUGCUGUCCGAGCUAAAUUACAAGACCUGCAAGCUUCAAACCUGCGGUACUGCUCACACAUUUUGCAAGCUACCUUAGCUGGCUUUGAGAGGAGGUUCAGCAACUUCCUGCAGCUGAAGACGGAUGUAAACGAAGCCAUCCUUGCUACAGUAACACAUCCAUUUUUCAAGAUGAGGUGGUUGCCUUUGAGACUAACAUGUGAGAAGAAGAGGAUACAUCAACUCAUUCUGCACGCAGCUGAAGAGCUUGGUCUUCUGUCAUAGAGUGAUGCUGCAUCAACAAGCACCACUGAGAAGAAUGAAGAUGAAUUCUUUGUCUUCUCUGAUCAAGGUAAGGAGAAAAUGUAUCCACUUCAGAAGGCUUGUAGCAAACAGCAAUUUCAGGUGUUAAUCAUUAAAUGAGAAGUUAUUCAUAUGUCAUAUUGUUACCUUGUGUAUGAAAGUAUAUGAAUAACAAUGUUUGUUUUUUCUGAUUCUAUUGUCUUCACUCUCAACAGGAAUCGACAACCAGAUGGACACAGAGGUCUUACCUAGCCACAGCAAAGCAGAGUUAGAGACCCUUCACUUCCUGGAGGACCCCAGAAAGGACCUGGCUUCACUGGACUCGCAUCCACUAAUCAAGCUGCUCUUUGUGAGAUUCAACACCACUCUGCCAUCAUCAGCACCAGUUGAGCGUCUCUUUUCUUUUGCAGGCAUGGUCUACCGCCCUCAUAGAAGGGGAUUAACUCCUGAAUUAUUGGAGAAGUUGGUUGUACUUAAAAACAACUAGCCUAAAUGACAAUGGUUUAGUUUUCUCUUUUGUAGCAUAGUUGUGUUAUUGCUACUAUUUUGGGAUAAAAUUAAAAUUAUAUGGCCAAGACAUAGAAAGAGUUUCUUGUUUUAAGUUUUUAGGGGUAUGGUUUGAUGAGAAACUUACAUUUAAAAUGCAUAUUGAGAAAAUUAUUGAUAAAUGCCAGAAAGUUAAGAAUGUUAUGAGGUGUUUAGUGGGUAAGGACUGGGGGGCUGAAAGGUUGGCAUUGAAAAGUAUAUAUACUGGAUUAAUGCGAUCAGUGCUUGAUUAUGGUUGUAUAGUAUUUCAAUCUGCUGCUACAAGCAGGUUGAAGGAAUUGGACAAAAUUCAAUAUAAGGCAUUAAGGUUAUUAACAGGGGCUAUAAGAUCCACUCCAACUGCAGCAUUGCAGAUUGAAACAGGGGAAAUGCCCUUAGAACUUAGGAGAGUGCAACUGUCUCUGAAUUAUUUGGUCAGUAUUAAAGGACAUGUUAUAGACCAUCCAGCAAAAGACGUGAUAAAACCAUGUUGGGAAAAAGAAAAGUCUGAAAUCAAGAGUUUUGGGUGGAUGAUACUUAGAGUGGCGGGAGAAAUGGAAAUAAAUGAGAUGGCCAUUAGUCCAACUGUUCCAUGGUCAGUAAUUCCCCAGUGGUUAUUACCACAGCCCAAAGUGGACAUGUCACUGCUAGAGAAGAGGGACAAGGACCAAGGGGAUGGCUAUAAUGCUCGAAUGGUGCAGACAUAUAUUCAAUCUCAUUAUUUUAGUUAUGUCUUGAUUUAUUCAGAUGUAUCUAAAAAUAUAGAAAACAGAGUAGGCGUGGCAUUCACAGUUAUAGAUUUUAAUGUCAAAGUUAACAGAAGAAUCUCAGAUAAUCUAUCAGUAUACACUGGAGAAAUGAUUGCAAUUUUAUUGGCACUACAAUGGGUUGAAGAAAAUAGACCAUUGAGGACACUUAUAUGUUCUGACUCAAGUUCAUCAUUAAUGACACUAGAAAGUGGUCAAUCUGAGAGCAGAUCUGACGUAUUGAUCGAGAUCCUUCAAACAUUAUACAGGAUUCAGAUGAUGGGUUUAGAAGUAUCUUUCUGUUGGGUACCUGCUCAUAUAGGAGUAAAGGGGAAUGAAUUAGCAGAUGAAUGUGCUAAGGAAGCCACAGGAAAAUCAGAUAUAGAUAUAAAAGUAAAUUAUAGUAAGGCUGAGAUUAAGUUUUUAAUCAAACAACAUGUGAAAAAUAGAUGGCAGAAACAAUUGGAGGAUGAAAGAACAGGAAGAUGGCUUUAUAACAUCCAAAGAAUUGUUGGUAAAGGCAGAAUAACAAGGAGAAAUAGAAAAGAAGAAUCAAUUAUAUCUAGACUUAGAUUUGGACAUACAGCACUUAACAGUACUCUAAAUAAAAUAGGGAAACACCAGACAGGAGCAUGUGAGUAUUGUAAUCAAGAAGAAACAGUGGAACAUGUUAUAAUGAAAUGUCCAAAAUAUAAUAGUGAAAGGAGAGUAUUGAUUUUUAAUUUAAAAAGAAUUAAGAUGAAGUUUAAUUUGACAAAUUUAUUGCAAAGGAACUCACAUGAGGAGUGUAUUGAUUUUUUAUUACUAUAUUUAAAAAUGACUGAUUUAGAUAAAAGAUUAUAGGUGUUUAGAAGUUGAUAGGUAAAGGUCCUUGCGUUCUUGGUCCACACUCCUAACCAGCAGGUGGCGGUAAUGCACCUUGAAGUUGUAUGCCAACCGCCAUAAAAUCAACAAGAAGAAGAAGAAGUUUGUUUCUGUUUCGUUUUGAUUGGAUCUUGAAGUGUCGGUGCUGAACAAACAUCAGUGAGUUUGACGGAGAUGGCAAGACGCUACAAAUCUUGCAGCUAUGUUGGAACAUUUGGCUUCUUCGCCAAGAAUGUAACAUAGUUUUUGGAUUGGGCUAUAGGAGUUAAAUUGGGGAAAUAUUUUAUUAAUUUUGGGGAAGUAGUGGUCUCUG